CCUGUUAGAUUUGGCAACACUGGGCGUUUCCAAACACUCCUGGUCUUGACGAGCAAGUUGGUGGAGUCAGCGUUGAUCAUCGACACCAGCAGCAGAUCAUCAGAUCCACAGCCAAGACCAACAAACCAAAGAUCCGAAGGAGCCUAAAGGACAGUCAACAUGAGCAGAUGUCUUAUUAGCAAGGCUGAGGUGCAAGGCUUCAUCGAGAGGUGCAUGAUGGCCGUGGGCACCAAGCAGCACCAUGCUUGUAGCCUGGCUGAGGUGCUGGUGGAAGGAGACCACAGAGGCCACUACAGCCAUGGACUCAACAGGAUGGGUCAGUGUGGUGCUGGAAGUUCAUCACUUCACCUGCAUGUUUCAUUUAAAGACAUGUACGUAAAGGACAUCCAGUCAGGAAUCUGUGCUAAGGACGGUGAACCGGUGGUGGAGAAGGAGAGCGCAGCCACAGCACUGGUGGAUGGGAAGAACCUCCUCGGUCCUGUGGUGGGAAACUUCUGUAUGAAUCUGGCCAUAAAGAAGGCCAAGGAAGUCGGCAUUGGCUGGGUGGUGGCACACGGUUCCAAUCAUUAUGGUAUUGCUGGAUACUACGCAAUGCAAGCUCUGAAGGAAAACAUGAUUGGCAUGUCCUUUACCAACACAUCCCCACUGGUGGUUCCUACACGUGGGAAAGAGUGCACUCUGGGCACCAACCCCAUCAGUAUGGCAGCUCCUGCUAAGGACGGAGACAGCUUUGUUCUAGACAUGGCCACAUCAGCAGUAGCAAUUGGAAAGGUGGAGCUCCACGAGCGGCGUGGAGAUCCCAUUCCCGAAGGCUGGGGCUGUGACCCUCAGGGAAAGCUGACAACAGACCCCAAGAGAGUCCUGAGUGGAGGAGGACUGGUGCCCGUUGGUGGCAGUGAAGCCACAGGAGGGUACAAAGGCUAUGGUCUGGCAAUGAUGGUGGAGGUGUUCUGUGGUAUCUUGGCUGGUGCUGCAUUCAGCAAACAUAUCCGCACAUGGAAAGAAACAGACCGUGUUGCCAACUUGGGUCAGUGUUUUGUGGCAAUCAACCCAGAGAACUUUGCUCCCGGGUUCACCGACAGGAUGUCAGAUCUGAUGUCCAUCCAUAGAGGGCUAGACCCUGCUGACACUGACACUCCUGUUUUGGCUCCUGGAGACCCCGAGAGGAUGAACAUAGACCAGUGUGAAGAGAUGGGCGGGAUUCCCUACCACAUCAAUGUCAUCAACUAUAUGAAUGAAUGUGCUAAAAAAAUUGGUGCCAACCCACUGCUGCCAUGUGACCAGCUCAUCUCCAAUUAGUUGGUCCAGCCAAGAUUCUCAACUUCUUAUUGACUUCUUGAUGUUCUUGCUGAGCAGCUUGGGGAUGCUGUCAACGCACAAUAUAUUCUGCAUGCUGACAUAUCAUAUUUUAUUGAAUGGAAAAACAUCAGGUAUUUUUAUCUUCCUGCAAAUCAUGAAGGUUUCAAUUAAAGAGCCAAUUAAAACUGGAAAUUUGUUACAUAAAUAGAAUCAGGUUUUCAUUUAAUUUAAUUUAAUUUAAUUUCUUUUUUAUUUUGGUUGAGUUGCUGUAUCUGUAGACAUCCAAAUCUAAAUUGAAAAAUGUUUUCAAAAUGUUGUGACAAUGAAAUGCACACAUUCUUUGUCUAAAGCACUUUUAAGUCAUAGACUUAUGAUUGCAGUUUGUUGUCAAUAACUUAACAGUUAGCUCAUUCCCUGUUAUGGAACCAUUUUACUUUGCUACAGAUUUGCUACAAAAUGAUGCAAAAAUCUUUUUUUUCAAUUUUUUUUUUACUGCAUGAAAAGUGUUUUAAAUUGACCGCAGAGACUGUGCUUUGUUACUUAGAUCAAAUUUGGCUGUUUUAAUUUACUCUAUGUUAUUAUGAUAUCCUUCUUAUGUUCCUUAUUGAAUAAAAGCCAUAUAAACUUUUA